AUGAGAAUCCUCUCAGCCACCGCCUCUCUACUCGCUAACGCCAAAUCCAAAUUCAAAUUUCUCCCCGCAAAUCUCAGCUCCACUCUUUUCCAUCGUUCUCCUUGCACUACUGCGGCGCCGGCGCUUUCCCCCAAUUUGAAGCAGCAUGAGAACACCAACCAAAAUCUCAUGCUUAUGCUGCGAGUACUCAACGAAAAAACCUACGACCACUGCGUAAUCUCAAUGGAAAACAACUCGUUCCGAGUGGUACCAGAUACUCUUCCCAAAUUAUCGUUACUCAGAUCUGAAAAUUUCAAUACUGUUGGUGGCAGCGCCGAUCAUGACGUUCGAGCGUGUUCCAACCACAAAUGGAUGUUGUUGACAUGUCACAAAGGGUCUAGAGCUCCGUACGAGCUUCUGUGGGACCCGACGACCGACAAGAAGAAACGCCUUCCUCUUUCUCCAUUUGGACCUUCCCUAGAAUCCGCUUCAUGUUGGGGUUUAGGCGUGGGGAUUGAUCCUCGUGCAUCCGGGGACUAUAAGGUGGUCAGAUUUCAUAAUUUCGUUCAUUCAAGAUUCGAAUUUCGAAUCCGCUCCGAGUUGCUCUCCCUCCGAACAGGUUCGUGGAAGGAGAUUCCGUAUCCUUGUAAUCCUAAGUUCCAACCCGUUGAAAGACUUUCUCUUCACAUAAAUGGCUUCUAUUACUGGCUGGCUAAUAAUUUUUUUAACGAGAAAAUUUACGCUAUUAUUCGGUUUGACUUUGCUAAUGAGAAGUUUCAGCGUGAUCUUAUCCAUAUGCCCGAGAGCGAAAAGCUUGGGUACAAAGCGAGAUUUGUUCUUGCUGAGUUUCACGGUUUGCUCACGGCUAUUGUUUACAAUUUUAAUGAGAAGAAUAAGCCUCGUUUUGAGAUUUGGGUGUGGGGUAAUGACGAUUGGUCCUGUGCGGACGAGUUUGAGGUUCCUGCUUAUUGUGUUGCUCUACAUAGGAUAAUUGGUCUCUACAAGAAUGAUAAAGUGCUCAUUCAGGACUCCAAUGGUGACCUGCUGCUUUAUGAUUGUGAAACUCGGAGCUUGAAAAAUCUCGGCAUCCAUGAUGACUCGUUUUACGUGAGGGUUUACCCCUAUGGUAAAACUACGGUGAACAAAGGGGAUAAAUUAGUAAGCCGGCAGAAGGAUUCUCCACAGAAAGAGAAGCAAACUACUGAACUUAAAUCGAUAACGCCGCCUUCACAAUUCACUCGAAGGUCUCCAACAACAGACAAUGAAGAUAGCAACGAAGUAGAGAGAUUUGAAAAAAUGAAACUCGCUGAAUUGAAAGAAGUUGCAAAGUCUAAAGGAAUCAAGGGUUACUCGAAACUGAAAAAGAUUGAGCUUGUUGAGCUUCUUAUUAGCAAUGGUGUUUGA